AUGGGAUCGAUCACCGACAUGGCGGUCAUCAAGAUGCUCCUGCUCCCAGCGCUGUUCGCAUUGCUGCUCCGGGCAGCAUCGGCGGCUCAAUGGACGCCCGCCCACGCGACGUUCUACGGCGGCGGCGACGCGUCCGGCACCAUGGGCGGCGCCUGCGGGUACGGCAACCUGUACGGCGCGGGGUACGGCACGCAGACGACGGCGCUGAGCACCGCCCUCUUCAACAACGGCGCGUCCUGCGGGGCGUGCUUCACGAUCGCGUGCGACACGCGCAAGUCGCGGAUGUGCAAGCCGGGGACCUCCAUCACCGUCACGGCCACCAACUUCUGCCCGCCCAACUACGCGCUCGCCGGCGACAACGGCGGCUGGUGCAACCCGCCGCGGCAGCACUUCGACAUGGCCCAGCCGGCGUGGGAGACCAUCGCUGUGUACAAGGCCGGCAUCGUCCCCGUCAACUACAGGAGGGUGCGCUGCCAGCGGAGCGGCGGGAUCAGGUUCACCAUCAACGGGCACAGCUACUUCGAGCUGGUGCUGGUGACCAACGUGGGCGGCAGCGGUGGCGUGGCGCAGAUGUGGAUCAAGGGCUCCCGCACCAACUGGAUGGAGAUGAGCCGGAACUGGGGCGCAAACUGGCAGAGCAACGCCAAGCUCGACGGGCAGAGCCUCUCGUUCCGCGUCAAAUCCGACGACGGCCGCGUCGUCACGGCCAACGACGUCGCGCCGCCCGGGUGGUGGUUCGGCGGCACGUACACGUCCGGGGCUCAGUUGUACUGA